AUGGAUUUUGAUGAAGAAGAAGAGGAUUUCCCUAACCAUAUGCUCAUGUCCAUGAAACAGAUCAAAAUUCUGAAUAAAAUGCUAAAUUCUAUUAUUCAGUAUCAAGAAGACAUGUGGGAAGGAAUUUCAGCUUCUAGUUUUGAAAUUGAUGGGUUGAUGAGAGAUUUUGAGGCACAAAUGUUGAGCAGAGUGUCUGGUAUGAUCAAAGACUCAGAAUCGAGAAUCCUGGAGAAGGUAGAUCAUGCUGGUCAAACAACAGAGUUGAGGAUAAAUUCUUUCAAUUCAAAGUAUGUAGGAGUUGUGAAAGAAUUAACUAAUGUUCAAAAGGAACAACACACAUUGUUCGUUAUGGAUGUGAAGAAGGUGAGAGAAGAUGUUAAUUUGAAGCUUCAAGAGCUUCGUGAUGACAUGGUUCGUGAAGUUGCAGUUGUUUAA